AGCAAGAACCCUAUUUCCCCAUCUACACAUACAACCAUGGUUCUUCAAGGAAAAUCAUCCCAUGUCCCCCGGCAUGUUGAUCGGAAGGCCCUCUAUACCGAUCUUGGGGCACGAGUCCACUACUUGCAGCAGUUUCUAGAAUUCAGUAAGGAUGAUGUCGCCGCUCUAAACAAGGGAUCCAAAUACAUCAAGGCGCUGGCGCCUACCCUGGUCGAUAAAGUAUAUGCGAAGCUCCUCGAGAACGAUAUCACAGCUCGCGUGUUUCGCACACGCGACACAUCACUGGAAGAUGAGGAGGAAACCACCUAUCCCACCUUUGACAGCGCCUACAUUCAGCGUCGCCGGAUGUUCCUGCGCUGGUACAUGACCAAGCUUUGCUCCGACCCUACCAAGCCGGAAUUCUAUGAGUACCUGAACAAAGUCGGGCGUAUGCACAUCGGCAAAGAUCGCAUGCUCGCCUUUCACGUGGAAUACAUCCACAUCGGCGUGUGUCUUGGGUACAUCCAGGACAUCAUCCUCGAGGCGGUCUUCAGUCACCCGCAGCUCACGCUCGCCUUCAAGCUGGCGCUGGUCAAGGCGUUGAGCAAGGUGAUCUGGAUCCAGAACGAUCUCUUCGCCCGCUGGCAGGUCCGCGACGGCGAGGAGUUCAUGAAGGACGAGACUGACUCGGUUCACGAGAACAAGGAGCAGCAUCAUGACGAUGCGGCCUCGUAUAUCACCCGCUCCAACACGCAGCUCUCCGAAGCCCCGAGUAGUAUCUUCGAUACGCGGUCGGUUGACACGACCGCCAGCCAUUUCACCGCCACGAUGCACGCCCCAAGUUCCUCCCACUCCUCCCACUCCUCCCACUCGGCCUGUCCGUUCUCGGGCGGAUUCAAGCAGUCCUUCGAAACGAAGGUCUGGUCAGGACCAGAUGGGAAAAGAGGUCACUGACCGACCUCCGUUGUGGCAUUGAUGAUUUCCUUUUUCGGCAUAGGUAUAGGUAUAUAGGUAGAUAGGGACACGCGGUGUAGGAACAUAUGGGAUACUUCGGAGGGGUGUGGGGUUGUCGGGAUUCUGGGACAGGACUUGGAUUUGGUGUUUGAUCUGGUUAUGCGCUUGUUGUUUGCUUGAUUCUGCUGUAUUUGAUUCCCCUGGUUCUGCAGAAAUGGACUGUUGCUUUUGUCUUUUUACUACCUUUGACGGAGG